AUGAACCCUCCGUCAGUCUUACAGACCCCAGGAUUUGCUCAUUAUUCUCUUGCAUGGUCGCCAUUCUAUAACACAAGACUAGCUCUGGCGUCUUCUGCCAAUUUUGGACUGGUUGGCAACGGCCGUCUUCACAUCGUUUCCCUUGUCCCUGGACCAGGUGGUUUACCAACGCUCAAGCUUGAUAAAUUUUUUGAAUCGCAAGAUGGCCUGUACGACCUGGCUUGGUCUGAGGUUCACGAAAAUCAUGUUUUGACAGCGUCUGGAGACGGUUCAAUACGACUAUGGGAUGUCAUGCUCGAUAACCUUGCCAUCGCAGCUUGGCAGGAGCAUACAAAGGAAGUAUUCUCGGUGGAUUGGUCUAACAUCCAGAAAGAUACGUUCGUGUCUUCAUCUUGGGAUGGGACAGUCAAAGUGUGGAAACCAGAUCGGCCACGAUCCAUUUUGACAUUGCAAGCACAUCAGUCUUGUGUCUAUCAAGCACUCUUUUCUCCGCACCAACCAGACCUCAUAUCCACUUGUUCAACCGACGGCACCCUCAAGAUAUUUGACCUUCGUUCGCCUGCAUAUGCGACAGGCCCGGGAACAAAUUCCUUCACCAAUCCUUUGUCCGCUGCUGUACUCACAAUUCCAGCGUCGGCUAGUGAGGUAUUGACGCUGGACUGGAAUAAAUAUCGCCCUAUGGUGCUUGCAAGCGGUAGCGUGGACAGGAUGGUCAAGGUCUGGGAUUGUCGCAUGGUCAAGUUGGGAGAUUCUCAAGUCGGAGGAGUUUGUGAAAGCUCACUCCCCGGGCAUGAAUACGCAGUGCGGAAGUUACAGUGGAGUCCUCAUCACGCAGACCUUUUAGCCACUGCAAGCUAUGAUAUGACAUGCAGGAUCUGGAAUACCACACCAAUGGGACCCCAGCCCCCGCUACGCUAUAUACACGAUGCUCACACUGAAUUCGUCGUUGGAUGUGCUUGGUCUUUAUACGAAGAAGGGCUAUUGGCGACCUGCUCUUGGGAUAGCAGAUUAAAUGUUUUUAGGCCUUGAAGCUUGAAUUGCGAGUCAACCUGUACAAUCUGCUCUUAUGUAAAUUCUUUACUAAUGUAACCAACAUGCUGCCAACUCAAGUCCUAUGAAAAAUGAC